CUCGCUUGUGCUCACAUAUCCUAGUUUGUUGGUGUUCUAGCCUAUCAUGCCUUUGCUCCUCGCUUCAGCCAAUAACAUGCAGACAGCCUACUCACAAUUCAAUACAUUCGAGUCUCUUUCAGAUAUCAUCAGUGCACUACAAAACAUCCUCCUACGCUCGCAAGUGAUUAUUCCAGUUCUUGAAACUCCAUACUCCAGAGUCCCCAAUAUCGACCACUAUACUGUAGGAUUCGAACGCCAGAGCGUCAUCAACAUCAUCGCUGAGCGCCAGCAGCAAUUGAAUACAGUUUUGCAUGAGAUCUCGGGCCUGGAGACCGUGAUGGAUAGUGUCAAAAAUAUCUAUCAGCAAGUCGUCGAAAAGAAGGAGAAGAUUAUACAGUCAAUGAAUCUUCACAAGGGACUCGUAUCAUCUCUCUGGCGCCUGCCGACGGAAAUCCUAUCUCAAAUAUUCAACUAUUGUCUCCCUGAGAUCGAAUUGUGGUCCCUAUCAGCCCAAGACCCAACCGAAAUGUAUACCGACCAUCUCCCAGAAACCGAACGGUUGCGCCCAUCAGUCCUAAAAGCCCCCAUACUGCUGACAGGAAUAUGCCGACGAUGGAGGGAAGUUGCUGUGGGUGCACCCGAUUUAUGGUGCAGGUUGUAUGUGGAACGCGACGACAGAGACUGGGAGCAGGCAGCUCUUGGCUAUGACUUGUGGCUGAAGCGUUCACGAGGACGUCCGCUUACGGUAACGCUCGGACAUCACCGCUCAACUAAAAUACGAAGCCUUCUUCAGCCUUACAUGAAUCAUGUCACAUCUCUCCGACUCUCCCACCCUCAUGGCGAUCACCCUUUUGUUACAGACCUCCCAGCACUUCAGGAGCUGACCAUAAGAGGGUGGUCAUGUCCUGACAUUGCACGAUCUAUCUGGCAACUGCCGUCCACUAUGCGCAGUCUCCACAUCAUUAGCAUACGUUCAUUUUUCAACAUCGAGCACUUGUCUUCUUUCAGUUCUGCAUUGGCCCAAUUAACGGAUGUUCAGAUCGCUCUAUAUCACCUGGACACAGUCCUCCAUUUGCUUCAGCUAUGUCCCAACCUGUCCUCUUUAACUCUUCGCGUACAAAAUGACCAACAAGAUCCCUUGAACUCGUUUAUGCACACCAAAAUCCAAACCUUCCGCUUCGUGACUUGCCUGGAAGAGCCAUCCUGUUUAUCUGGUCUGCUCAAUGUUCUAUCGCUCCCUAAUUUGCGCGCGUUUGAAGCUCGCCAGGAAUCUUUUUUCCCUCAUGAGGAUAUGAAGGCAUUUUUGGCACGGUCAAAGUGCCCCCUGGAGACCCUGACCGUUAGUAGUCGAGUGAGGAUAACAGAUGCGCAGCGAGCGGAAUACGUUUCUUUCGUUCCUUCUCUCGUGGUGGUAGUGGAUCGCAUUUCUACAUGAUACUGGGUGGUUACAUCGAGAAAUGACGGUUUCAGGUUGACAGUAAAAUGAUACAAUGACAUCGAUACUUAGGAAAAUAGAGUUAUCAGCGCGCGAACUUAGGCAUCAGAAAUUAUAAUAUCCAUUGAACACUCCCCAAUUUCUUGCUACGAACCACUGUACCGAAACAAGUGCCUUGCAGUCAACCCUGUGACCGUCC